AUUAUUCGGUACCAACAAUUAAGCACAUCACUACUGCUCGUUAUCACAAAUUUCCGGACACUGCGCUCAUUUUUUGCUAUUUCAAUCGAUCGUCAGAAGUCAGUCAAAACGCUUGUAUUAAAGAAUUUAUUUAAGUCGUUGAGUAUAAAUUCAACGAUUUCACAACGCCUGCAGUAUUUAUCAACAACUGAAUCCUCUUCAACGAAUAGGGUGCACAACAAGAAUACAAUGGUUAUCCAACACAACGUCAAGGGUUAUGAGGAGUUCACCAAAUUGGUAGAGGAACUGGAAACGAGCGCCGAUGGACAACCAAUUCAUGUGCUCUUUAGCGGUGGUAAGGAUGAAAAUGGACAGAGUUGGUGUCCAUAUUGUGUAAAAGCCGAGCCGGUUGUACAUGACGCAUUGGCAAAAGCAGCAGAAAAAUCACAUUUCAUUCAUGUGGAUGUUGGUGAACGUGCAUAUUGGAAAUACUUGGAUUGCGCAUUUCGUAAGGAUCCCAAUACGCAUUUGAUAUUUUUGCCCACGCUUUUGCGUUGGAAAUCGCCGCAACGUUUGGAUGGUGACCGCGUCAGCAAUAAGGAUCUAGUGGAAAUGAUUUUCGAGGAUGAAGAUUAAUGAAAUACGUAAUGCAGUAGCGUUAUUUGAUGCCGAAUUAAGGAUGUUAAGUUAAUGUACACUCACUCACUUGCAAAUGCCCUUGAGGUUUUCUAAAUUCAUUUACCUUGCAUGUAUUGCAUUAACUAUGUUUUAUUAGAUUUCACCAUCUUCAGACACCUUUGUAUUGAUGUGCGGUAAAUAAAUUAAUAAUUACUUUUA